GACCAAUUAUAUAUGCAAAAGAUCAAACUAAAAUUGCUGAAAUGAUUAAAGUAGAUCGUCGACAUGCUCGAUUUGUUGGAUACAUACAAAUGCAACAAACUUCUAUUCUUUAUUCAAUGACAAUUGAUGAACUUCAACAAAAAUUAAAAACUCUGAAAAAAGCAACUUAUAUUAUAGUCUUUGCGAUUUUAGCAGUUAUACCAGGAAUAUCACCACUCAUAAUUACAAUACUUCCAUCUGAUCAAAAAAAAACUUUACCAAAUAUAAUCAAACAAAACAAUUUAGUUGUUAAAUAUUUAAAUUGCGUUGAUGCAAAAUUAGUUGGAUUAUAUUUUGAUG